AUGUCCGGCCCCAUCCUCCGCAUCAAGCCGCCAUCGAGCUAUCGCCCUGGCGAGCCGUGGUUCCAUGUCGACGAAUUCGCCGAGGCAGAGGAGAAGCCCCAUUUCGCCGUUCGCUCCGUGUUCAUGUUCCCGCGCCGUCUCCGCACGACCGAGUACACGCGCGCUGUGGGCCGCGUCAACUCGUACUUGCGCGAUAUUGGUCGUGAGCUGCGGAGAGGAGGGAUCGAUAGCUUACAGUCAGUGAGCCAGUAUGAGCUCAGACACACGGAGCAGUGGCAUACGACGCCUUAUGGGCCGCAGCUCGUCACUUGCCUCUCUGUCCUGUUGCCGCAGGCACUCGACGGGCACGAGAACGGGAUCGCGCGCCUCAUUGCUGGCAGUGCCGAGCACGACGCUGGCGCUAUCAGGUGA